AGAAAACGUGAUUGCAGUCAGGGAACGCUUAUGGCCUCGCCAACCUGAAGAAGGAGAGGCAGAAAGGAGAGAAAGAGAGGAAAGAGAACGAGGAGAGAGACGGAGAAGAGCAAAGGAACGCCAACAGAAACUUAUGGAAGAAUUCGCUUCGCAACAGAAACAAUUUAUGGAGAGAACGUUGGAAACAGAAGAUGACGGAAUGGACUGGGAAGCUGGUGAAGAAAAUAGUCAAAUGUUGUCGAAUAAAAAAGAAUACGACUGUGUGAUUUGCAACCAGACCUCGCCCAGUACUGACGAAAAACUUAUGGGACUCGCUGUUCUAGUGCAGGCAACAAGCGUGUUGGGCCACAAACGACGAAGCAGUGAGCCGGCAGUGCUGCCAACUUCCGAUCAAGAGAGAGCGAAUUUCUCUCGCAACGACACACUGGGAAGUGAUUUCGACAGACGUAUCGAAGAAAUCGACCGACACUUCGAUAAGUUAUCUUGGCUAGUCUCCGUAAAUCUAGGAUGGGAAGGAGGUGUGCAUGUGCAGACGUGUGGACAUCAUUUGCAUCUAGAUUGUCUCAAGUCGUAUCUACGGUCACUGAUGGGACAACAACGAUUUCGGCUGAAAGGGGUGAAUACUCGUGUCCACUAUGCCGUCAACUGGCCAACUCAGUUCUACCUCUGCCCCCUGAGCUGGGUGAUUGUGCCGCUGUGGUCAGAUCUAGGCCUUCCUCUCUCUCAGCCAGCAUCUCUGAGCUCACCAACUUCCUCAAGGACAUCUGCCUGCCAUCAGACAACGUCCAGCCUUAUGAUAGCCAUGAGCAAACUGAUGGAGGACAUGACCAACUCGACCUAUCUGAAGUGCAAACAGGAGAUAUUCGGCAACUGUAAUCCGCAGAUGUUGUUCCUGUUUGUAAGCUCCGUUGCAAGGACCAACCUCGAGAUAGAGCUGGUGCAACGGGGCGGUUCUCUCUGCUCGCUGUCCUCUAUGGAUCAGUCGUUGAUACCCAAGCGGUCUUGUAUCAUGCCACUUCUCCAUGUGCUAGCCGAGCAUGCCAAGAAACUGGCACAGUGGCCAGCCUGGGAGACAUGGCAACAGUUGGCAGGGUGUGCCAGUCAGGAUGACACCGCCCCGGCCCUCAUACCAGCCGAACCACCCAUGCCAUUGAUGCUCAGGGACCCCACGGCUCUCCUCAUUCAUUUCAUACUACUCUUGCCGCUGCAUCUCGAUCAGA